AUGGCAUCAAGACGCGGCCCAUUGACGAACAACCCUAAUGUCGCCAACUCGCCACUUAGACCAGCUACGGCAGGCUUUGCCAAACCCAAGAGGCCCUAUGCAGUGCUUCAGCGUGAGGAGCCCUAUGGGCAAGCUCCUCCCAGCAAGAAGCAAGCAGUUGAACAGCGUGCUGCCCGAUCGCCAUCAAAACUGCCUAGGGCCCAAGCUCUUCCUCAGCGUGGAUCCACAACGGCUACAACAUCCCGACCGGUCAACAAGGAAAGAAUGCAGAAACCUGCAGCCUCUGCUAAAGUAUCAUUGCAGGAUGAACGCGAAAAGGACGCCUGGAAAAAGCACUACAGGGCCAGGUUCCCCAAGAUGGUCUUUUACUUUGAGAGCAUCCCUGAAGAUAUCAGGGCUAAGCUCACGAAGAGGAUUACCUAUCUUGGUGCUCGUCAAGAACCAUUUUUUUCGAUCGACGUGACCCACGUCAUCACGACCAGGGCAAUUCCAACCGAACAACCAGAAGCUCAGCCAGAACCCGAGGCCGAGCCGCACCACGAACCGUCGGUGGCUGAGCAGCCUCAGACCAUCAAUCCCUCGCUCUUGGAUCGAAGCUCGGCUCGACGCAAGCUGUUGCUUGAGUUUCGUAAUGCUCCCUCACGAUCACACGCCUCGGCCGACCCUUCGAAGCCACAUAAGCCAACCCGCAACAGUGACGUUCUACACAAGGCCAAGGAUAUGGGCAAGAAGAUCUGGUCAUUGGAAAAGUUCCAGGCCAUGGUUUCACUCCUGUGCGAAGCAGAGAAGCCUAGUCAUGACUACACGGCUUAUGUCAACUCCGGCCCAAGGGCAACAGGCGCGUCUGCACAUGCCAGCCUCAACCAGAUGCUCAGGAACGAACGCAUCAACGGUCCGUCGGACCGCGACGUCAGUGCCCUGAGCAAAGAUCUCACCUAUUUCAAGGGGCCGCACAUUUACGUGUUUGACAUGGACGAACGAUACAAGCCGAUUAUGGUCCGCGAGUAUGCAAAAGUUUCCAACAAGAUGGAUGGUGACUGGCCCCAGUUUCGGAGCGUCGGCAGCGGCCGCUGUCCCUUUGUGGAGGAGGACCCGGAGGAGAAAGAACGGCAGAAGCGUCGCGAGCAACGUCAGCUUCAGCAAGAGAAAGACGAAGCGCGUGCGGCCGUGGCGAAGCAGGUGGAAGCCUCCAAGAUGCAGGCUCAGGCUGCGUUGCCGAAGCCCGUCACAGGGAAGCGGAUGCUCGGUGAAAUGGAAGACGGCCACAACAAAAUCAGAGUCCCCGCUACCUCGACGAUCAACCCAGCCAAGGCAGUUCUGUCCAAGCAAGGUUCACAGAACGCCUUCGUCAGCCGCAAUGAAGGUGGUCGGUUGGUACAUGGUGAACCUGUUGCUUCUGGUGUGCAGCCUUCGAAUAUCACCUCCGCCAUCCGCUCGCAGAUGAUCUCAUCCCAGGCCGGGAUUACGGGAAUCAAAGCUGGUACAAGCAAGGAACUCCACGGCCUGCAGAGGCAGGUCUUGCAGAAGACUGGGACUGUGUCACAAGAGACUAGUUCCCGCCGGCCCGUCGACAAUUCCGUCGAAGGCACGUCUAGUCGAUCUGCACCUUCGUUGAGCAGGAAGACAUCUCACAAUGGGUCUAUUCCCGAGGCACACAAAGCGACAGAUAGCCGUGACAAGCGCUCGCAGUGUCAGACGAUGAAGAGCAAGAAAGACAUGAAGCCAGGUUAUUGUGAAAACUGCCAAGAGAAAUUUCGAGACUUUGACGAGCACAUACUGUCUCGCAAACACCGCCGGUUCGCUGAUAAUCCCAGCAACUGGGUGGAACUGGACGAUCUGUUGGCUGAGCUGACGCGACAGCCUAAGGAGUUUAUGUCGUCGCCAGGCUACGAUCUCUGA